UAACGCCGCUCUCAGCCGCUGCAGUGACCGCUGCUAGUGGUCUGCACUUGGAGGAGGGUCCUGCCGCCAGUCGAAGGAGCCACAGCCACUGCCCCUGCCUGACCAUGGACGAGGAGCUGAUCCUGGAGAGGUGCGAUCUGGAGCUGGAGGCCAAUGGCCGCGACCACCACACCGCUGACCUGUGCCAGGAGAGGCUGGUGGUGCGGCGGGGCCAGCCCUUCCGGCUGACACUGCACUUCGAGGACCGCAACUACGAGGCCAGAGUGGACACUCUCACCUUCACUGCCGAGAAUGGUCCAGACCCCAGAGGGGAGGCCGGGACCAGGGCCCGCUUCCGGCUGAAGAAUGCGGUGGAGGGGGCUGGCUGGACGGCCGCCGUGGUGGACCAGGAGGACAGUGCCCUCUCGCUGCAGCUCAGCACCCCGGCCAACGCCCCCAUCGGCCUGUACCGCCUCAGCCUGGAGAUCUCCAGCGGCAUCCAGGGCUCCGGCUUUGUGUUGGGCCACUUCAUCCUGCUCUUCAAUGCCUGGUGCCCAGAGGAUGCUGUGUACCUGGAGUCGGACGAGGAGCGGCAGGAGUACGUCCUCACCCAGCAGGGCUUCAUCUACCAGGGCUCUCGCUGGUUCAUCAACAGCAUACCUUGGAACUUUGGACAGUUUGAAGACGGGAUCCUGGACAUCUGCCUGGCGCUCUUGGAUGUCAACCCGAAGUGCCUGCAGAAUGCGGCCCAGGACUGCUCCAGCCGCAGCAGCCCCGUCUAUGUGGGCCGGGUGGUGAGCGCCAUGGUCAACUGCAACGAUGACCAGGGCAUACUGCUGGGACGCUGGGACAAUGACUAUAAGGAUGGCAUCAGCCCCACGUCCUGGCUCGGCAGCGUGGACAUCCUGCGGCGCUGGAAGAACUCCGGCUACAACCCCGUCAAGUAUGGCCAGUGCUGGGUCUUCGCCGCCGUGGCCUGCACAGUGCUGCGGUGCCUCGGUGUCCCCACCCGAGUCGUGACCAACUAUAACUCAGCCCACGACCAGAACAGCAACCUUCUCAUCGAGUACUACCGCAAUGAGUUCGGGGAGAUCCAGGGUAACGGGAACGAGAUGAUCUGGAACUACCACUGCUGGGUGGAGUCGUGGAUGACCAGACCGGACCUGGAGCCGGGCUAUGAGGGCUGGCAGGCCCUGGACCCAACGCCCCAGGAGAAGAGCGAAGGGACAUACUGCUGUGGCCCGGUUUCGGUUCGCGCCAUCAAGGAGGGCGACCUGAAGACCAAGUACGACGCACCUUUUGUCUUCGCUGAGGUCAACGCGGAAGUGGUGGACUGGAUCCUUCAGGAAGACGGGACCAUGCACAAAUCCAUCAACCGUUCCACGAUCGUGGGGCAGAAUAUCAGUACCAAGAGUCUGGGCAGCGACGAGCGGGAGGACAUCACCCUUAACUACAAAUACCCAGAGGGGUCCCCAGAAGAGAGGAGAGUCUUGACAAGGGCCAACCACAUGAACAAACUGGAGGAGAAGGAGAAGGAGGAGACAGGGAUGGCCAUGCGGAUCCGCGUGACCCAGAGGACGAACAUGGGCAGCGACUUUGACGUCUUUGCCCGUGUCACCAACAACACUUCCAAGGGCCACACCUGCCGCCUCCGGCUCCGUGCCCGCACUGUCAGCUACAACGGGAUCAUGGGACCCGAGUGUGCCACCAAAGACCUACUCAAUCUCACCCUGGACCCCUUCUCUGAGGAGGACAUUCCCUUCCGCAUCCUCUACAAGAAUUACGCUGACUGGCUGAUGGGGUCGAACCUCAUCAAGGUGCGGGGCCUCCUCGUGGACCCACAGAGCAACAGCUACCUGCUGGCCGAGAGGGACCUCUACCUGGAGAACCCAGAAAUCAAGAUCCGGGUCCUGGGAGAGCCCAAGCAGAACCGCAGGCUGGUGGCUGAGGUGUCCCUGCGGAACCCGCUCACGGAGCCCCUGCUGGACUGCGCCUUCACCGUGGAGGGGGCCGGCCUGCUCCAGACGCAGAAGAUCAUACUGCUCUCAGAACCCGUGGGGCCGGGGGAGGAAGUCAAGGUGAGAAUAGACCUGCUGCCGCUCCAGAUGGGCCGCCGCAAGCUGGUGGUGAACUUCGAGUGCGACAAGCUGAAGUCCGUGAAGGGCUACCGGAACAUCAUCAUCGGCCCCCGCUAAGGGACCCUGUGUCCAGCCUCAGCUCAGCCUGCUGGGAGCCCCCAACUUGACCCAAUCUUUAUCCCAAGCUAAUGAGCAAAAUUUGUCCCUUCUUGGGCCCCGGACCCCAGGGCAGGGCGGGCUGCCUGUGGGGGCUCUUUGGCAUGGAAUGUACUUCUGGACCUUCUUGGCCCCUGAGCCUGGUUCCCCACCAACCCCUUUGUUGUGAGGAAUGUUCUGGGCCACCACACUGGGAGCCCUGACCUUGACUGACUGGGGCUGGGGUGAGUGAAGAGGGACGCACAGCCCCCUACCCAGCCCCGGUGCUGUUUGGAAGCCGUUGACGCCACGACGCCGUUUGAUCCACUCCAUAGCCCUUUGGAGCAGGCAAAAAGGGGCCAGUGUGCCCGUGGGCUGGAUGGGGGAAUUCGGCUAGACUGUGUCCUGUACCCCUCCCCCUGACUGCGCCCAGGCCCAGGGGCCCUUGGGAGAGCCAGAGCCAGGUGGGCACACCCCAGCAGCCCUGGCCCAGCGGUCCCCCACCCAUCUCACCAUUGUGAGGCACUUACUACGUGCCAGGCGCCUCCUGCGCUCUCUGGCGCUCGCAGGGCUGCCACCCACUUAAUCGCCACGGGAAUCUCCAGGGUGGGAGCUGCUUUCUGGAUGAGGAAACCAAGGCUCGGGGACAGGAGAUGCCCACCCCCGCGUGUGGGCUGGUGGUUACUUGCAAGGCCCAGGAGCAGAGCCCGAGCCUCUGACUCGGAGUCCAGUGCCCUGGCAUGUCUCAGUCUGACCUGACAACGUCACAGAGGCCGUUUGGCAUCUGACCAGAAAAGGCCCAGUUGAGGCAAGAAGGUGGGGAGGGGAUUGGGGGGCGGGGGGUCAGAGCCCUGGGUUCGAGCCCCAGGUCUGGCCAGGCACGGCUUUCCCUCUCUGGGCCUCAGUCUCCUCACUGGUCAGAGGAGUGAUUGAACCGGCUCGGCUCUGAGGUCCCCUCAGCUCCGCACUUCAGAUGCUUCUAUGUGGCCCAGCCCUGUAGGUAACCACGAGGCCCACUGCCUGCUCCGCAGAGCCUUAGAGCCCCGGCUCAGGAUGUUUCUGAGAGUGAAACCAUGACUGUGACCCCAUCCAGACCCCAGCCCUGUCCUGGUCCCCCACCCGUGCCCGGUACUUCCCUUCAGAUCCCAGUUCUAGGAGAGAAGAGUCCUGAAUGCCACUGUACUACCCGUGGGCCUGCCUGUCACGACGCCUGGGCUUCACAGGAGCCUUAGCUGCCCGUGAUGGUCACUAACCAACAAGGUCCCCUCCUUGCAGGGCCCAGGCACCCAAACACAGCCCUUGCCCCUGGGUAAACUUAGUGAGCCCAAGAAUUGUCACCUCUGAUUUUAUCUCCUGCUCUUUCUACAUGGCUGGGCCUCCCUCAGGCUGGAAGGGGAGGAUUCGCUAUUGGGGUGAGGUCACAGCCUCCAGGGCCCCCAGAAUGCCAGAGAGGGACUUGGGGAAAAUCACGCUGAUGCGCUUAGAACUUUCUGCUUUGCACAAGGAAGAAUCACAAAAUGAGCCGACAUGUAUAUUUUCUAUAUAAAUAUAGCUCUAUUUCUCUAUGGUUUUAUAAAACCUUCUGGGCAGUAGAUGUGCUUCUGAACCACAAACACUGAAAUAAAAGAGUUUAUUU